CAUGCCGACUUUCAGUUCGGCUCGAGUCUCAGUCCGGUGAACAGUCCAGCCCCCGGCAUCGCAGUGGAUUGCAUAGCCAGCAGUGACUCCGUCAAGUAGUGCCCCAAGUGAUCGAACAGUGGACGCGGCGCGACGCGCUCCCCGCCUACACCAGCCAGAAGCAAAGCAGGAGAUCUAUGGCGGGCGCGUGGUUAGGGGCGCUGGCCCUGGCCGCGGCGGUGCUGCAGUUGGCGCAGGCCGUCCCCGUGCCCUCCACGUCGGCCACGUCGUCCACGUCAUCCACGUCGUCCACGUCGGCCACGUCCAAGCGCGUGCAAGAGGCCAGGGAGCAGUCCAGGCUCGCGCAGGUGCAGCUGGACCAGGCGGAGCUGCGGCUGCAGCAGGCCCGGGACGCCCUCAUCAAGCAACUGAUCGUGGACGUGGCGCACGACCAGGGCAUCCGCGGCGCGGUGCAAGCCGUGCGCGUGGAGCAGCAGCUGGAGGACGAGAUCCUGAAGGCGGCGCGCGCGGCGCGCGGCCACCCCCAGGAGCUGCAGAGGCUGGACCAGUACGUGCGCAGGGACAAGCGCGCGCUGGGGCUCAUCACCUCGCUGCUGGGCGGAUCGGGCCCCGUGAACCGCGGGCCGACCUACAGCGCCUACAUCGGCGGCGGCGCUAACGCCUUCAACAACAACGGCGGCGGCGGUGGCGGCGGCAUCCUGUCCUCCCUGCUCAGCUCCAGCGGCGGCUUCGGCGCCAUCACGGGCAUCAGCGGAGGCGGCGGCGGCGGCGACCCCGCGGACGAGCUCGAGAACGGCACUCCCCCGGGCAGUGACUCCGGCUCCAUCCUCAGCCUCAUCACCCCCGUGCUUGGCUCCAGCAGCGGUUCCCUCAACGGAGGCGGUGGCGGCGAUUCCGAGGGUGGCUCCGGCGGCGCCGGCAGCGACUCGGGCUCCAUCCUGAGCCUGGUGACGCCGCUCCUGGGAACGAGCAGCGGGAACGGCUACGACGACGCGCCCAGCACUAGCGACAGCGCCAACGAGGCCGGCGGCGCCGGCGGCAGCAACUCGGGCGCCAUCCUGAACCUCGUCGGCCCGCUGCUGUCCUCGCUGCUGCCCCUCUUGUCGUCCAGCAGCGGCUCCAGCAGUGGCGGGGUACGUUCCGUGUCAUGUGCAGCGACGCGCCUAACCUAA